GUUGGGGCAGAGCUAGGUUGAUGAUGUGUAAGGAGGCUUAGGUGGAACCUUUACUUCCUGCUGCACUCCAUUGGUUUAUAUCGGUAAUUUAUUGUUUUAUUCUGGUUGUGGGAAACUUUGUGCGUUUUUUUUUUUAAGACAUUUUAGAAAUAACUUAUUCUGUUUGAGGCAGCAUUUAUAUACUUGUUUAUUGCAGAAAAGUAUCCCUUAAACAUUAUUUUACCUGUCUGUAAACAUGUGUUCAGGUUUCCAAGUGGUUAAAAUAGUUUGUCAUCGUGCCAUACUACUUACAUAUUAUUUGUAAGAUUUCUUUCUUAAUAAUUAUGUUUAAAACGUGAUUUUCUUCAGUGAAAAUGUAUUGAAACUAACAAUAUGCACUUGCUAGGGGUAAGCAGCACAGUGUAAGAUCAAUAUAUAUAUAUAUGUGUGUAAAAGUUAUAUUGAUGCUUGUCACUAUUUUAUUAUAGGAACAUAGUUAUCACUUUGCAUAUACUCUCUAUUUCUGUUGUUUUUAAUGACAUUAUUUCUCAUUUUUAAUUGUUUAUACCUUGCUUCUUCCUGCAAAUAUUGCAUGAAAUAUACCAAACCUGUUCAGCCAGUGGCCUGAAAUAUUAGGUUUUAUUCACUAAACAGUGAAUUGUUUUGACGUAAAACACAAUCUACAAAAAAUGUAUUAAAGUGACAGUCCAGACCUGUACGCCACUUCAGCUUGAUGAAAAGCUUUGUGUGUGUAGCGUGUCCUCCUCUUUUUUUUUUUUUUUUUCCUUUUUUUUAUACAAAAAGGGCUGAUUUCAAUAGAAAUUGAAACCUUCUAGCGGUCAGUUAGACAACCGGUCCUGUUAGUUCCUGGUUUAGUUAGCUCAGAGCACCUGCCUUGCAAAGACUUCUCAUUGAGCUGUAUUGUGAAGUCUGUGAUUGGACAGCCAUAUAUAGUGUGGGUGGAUAUAUGUAUUUUUAGAAUUUUUGUGUUAGUAAAGUGUUGUCAAUUUCUGUAUGAGCCCAGAAAGUUUGUAGGUAAAGGCAACACAUAGUGGCUGUAGCCUGGGCAAAAAAAUCCAGCGUUAGAACUGUAGGUUGCCGUGAAUUCACCUUGUCUCUCUCCAGUAACCAAAGCCGUUGUUCAGUCAAAUCAAAGGCUUCUCAUACAGCUCAUGUGCGUGCUAUGUUCCUGUGACUAGAGGGGGACGUGUAGGAGGCAAAUAAAAUUUAAAAUAAAGUGGGGUCUAGGGAAGUGGGGAGUGCUUCAGAAAAGGAAAGAGAGAGGGGAAACAGACGCUAAUUAAAUCCGUUGCCAGAGUGCAGUGUGCACUGACGCCGGACAUAUUUUUUGCACAGUACUGACAUUUGGUAAUCUUACACACAAUCGUGAUUUAUCUGAAUGCGCAGCGUUUCAAGCAUAAAUGCAGCACAUAUGGACUCCGACCACCAUAAACACUUUCAAAAGCAGACGAGGUCAUGGUGGUUGGAGUAAUCCUUUAAAGGGCAACCAAUGAUUAUUCAGCAUGAGGCUGUAUAUUCAUGUAAAUUAGUUCCAUUAAUCUGUUAAUUGAUCUUGUCUGCAGCAAUAACAUGCACUUUUUCGCCGCAAAAGUGUUAUAAAAUACACAUACAGAAAAAGACCUUAAUCCAAUUGUUAUUUUGCAAAUCUAUGCACACACAGUGAAUUGUUUUGCUUAAUACGGUCAGGAACACAAACAUGUAUUGCUGAUCCUAUAGGGUUAAAACCACCAUCUAGAACCCCUGGCCCCCUCAUGUCUCCCUAAAAAUAGUAAAAUUUACUUGUAUUCAAGUCUGCAGCUACAUAUUUUGUCCCUGUUUCCUUUAGACCUGCCCACUGCCUGCUGACAUCAUCAGACGUGGUACCCUGAUCCAAUCACAAUGCUUCCCCACAGGAUUGGCAAAGACUGACAAAGAGGCAGAUCGGGGCAGAGCCAGCACAAUUCAAACACAGCCCUGGCCAAUCAGCAUCUCCUCGUAGAGAUGAAUUGAAUCAAUGAAUCUCUAUGAGGAAAGUUCAGUGUCUGCAUGCAGAGGGAGUAGAUACUGAAGGUUUGGAUGCAUUUUAGGCAGCCAUGACCCAGGAAGGAUCUCUAACAGCCAUCUGAGGAGUGGCCAGUGAAGUUAUCACUAGGCUGUAAUGUAAACACUGCAUUUUCUCUGAAAAGACAGUGCUUACAGCAAAAAGCCUGAAGGUAAUGAUUCUACUCACCAGAACAAAUUCAAUAAGCUGUAGUUGUUCUGGUGACGGUAGGGUCCCUUUAAAGGGAAACUAUAGUGCCAGGAAAGCAAACUAGUUUUCCUGGCACUAUAGCUUUCCCCUUUGUCACUUACCUGGUUCCAGCGCCGAUGUCCCUCGGCACUGGCACAGCUCCACCCAUGCUCCUCCCCGCCGUCAUCUGCAGGUGGGGGAGACCUAAUGUGCAUGUGUGGCAUUGGCCGUGCUUGCAUUAGGAUUUUCCCAUAGGAAAGCAUUAUUCAAUGCUUUUCUAUGGGGAUUCUGGUGACGCUGGAAGUCCUCAUGCAUAGCGCCGUUUAGGCAACCAAGAGUUGCCUUCAAGCCCGGAAGUCCCUCAAGUGGCUGUCUGGUACACAGCCACUAGAGGAGGAGUCAACCCUAGCAGGUAAUUAUCGCAGUUUAUAAAAACUACAAUAAUUACCACUCUAGGGUUAAGGGUGAUGAGCUGAAGUGGUCUGGGUGCCUACAGUGUCCCUUCAAAGAGUUAAUCCAAACUUUAUGUCCAUUUCAGUGAUUUUGAAGUGGUCAUGGUGGCUGAAGUCUAUACAUGCACCCUUUCAAUAUGAAACUUUGUACAUACUGAGGUAUUUUAUAUUGCUGUCAGAGGUGUAACUCCACCUCUAGCAAUGUCAGCAGCCAGCCCAAGAGUUCCAGACUGGAUAAUGUCACUUCUGUGCUUAUUUGUUGCACAGUGGGUUAUUCAUUUCCUAGAAGCACUGAGCUGACUUUCUCUGCCAAUGAAUGACUGGUGAAGUUGGCAUCCAGCCUCUGCAGAAUCCAUAUACACGUCUCCUAGCAUCAUAGAAGGCUUGGGAACCAGGUACAAGGCAAACCAUUGCAUGAAAAGUUAUUUAUUUUAAUUUUUUUUCAAUUUGACAAUUUUUUUUUCAGUAGUUAAAGGGGGAGUUGGGUACAGAAAGGAAGAAGGGGGGGUUCAAAAGGUGUCACAUUCAUAACAUUUUGGUACAUAUUUAUGAGCUCUGUCCUAGAUGAUUGAUUCGUUAUACAGAGGUGGUCAAAUAUCGUGAAUGCAGCUCUCAAUAACCUAAUACAUAGUGACAUUUUGCUUGCACAUCCUUGCUAUGUCUCCUUUUGUUUUCUGCUUACACCUAUACUCUAGUGUUGAGAGUGACUGCAGCGUUGUCGACUGUACCUGGAUUGUGUUGGGGGGGUGGGUAUAGGAUAGGUAAGUUACCACAUAUGUACAUGUAGGUACUUGUGUAUGUUGGGUGGUCAUAGUUUGUGUCAUCACUCGUCUAGUGCAUUGUGGUUAGAGGUUAUGCGGGGUGGUUGACUACACUCUCAGCUGGGUCUCGUCUUAUAGGGGGACCUGUGUUAUGAUCUAGGCUCUAUCUUCUCUGGUAUCUUUGCUUUUAGUUCUUACUCACAUAUAUACAUAUACAGAUAGAAGCGGCGUUCUCUGGGCUUCUCGCUUGUCCCUGUGUCGUUCUGGUGGAACUUUCUGCCUGAUUAACGGAAAGGCUGUUUGUUACCUUUGUUUCUGCGUAUCCCAGUUGCUCACUCAUUCAUCCUCUGUUCCCUGGUGUCUCACUAUGUGCCAGUAUGCUUCCCACAAUCGUCCAGCCUCUAUAGUUGCCCCUGACUGACUAAUCUGCCGGGCGGCCAUGAGUUCGUACUCCCAGUUGGUCUGGAUUUGUUGUCUCAGCAUGUGAUUCGUGGGGGUAGUUGUCAUUUUCCAUACUCUGGCUAUCAGGGUGCAAGCUAAUAUCAGUGUGUGGAAUAAGUUUGGAGUGUACCUUAAUUAAGUUGUCGGCCAUAUAUAUAGGAGGCAUAUCUCCGGGGUUAAGUCAAUUUACAUUGGUAGUAGGUGGUUGAGGAUUUCGCCCACCAUGGCCCAAUAGGGUCGGAUGAGCUCACACGACCACAAUAUGUGAUAAAAUUAUCCCUUUUCAGAUUGGCAUCGCCAACAUUGAGAGGAAGUGCCUGGAAAAAUUUGUGAUGACCUUGUUGGAACUAAGUACCAUCUAUAUUGUAAUUUACGUAUCUGUUCAAAGUGAGCGAUGCAUUUUGUGUUCCCUUUGUGAGCUGUGUGUGCUCUGCUCCAUUGUGUAGUUGUAAAGGAGCAACCUAGGUGUUCGUGCCAUGCUUGGGUAUAUUUGUCAUUGGGCUCUACUGCUUUGUCCAGUAGUGUUGUGUAGAUUAUCGAAAAUGUUUUUUUAUGCAUCGUACCUCUGAAACACCAAGAGUCAAAUUUGGAGAGGGGAUGGACCAGUGGUCAGUUGCAGUAGGGACUUGAGUUGGAGGUAGGAAAAAAUGGUUCUGCUGGGGAGGUGAAACUUAGUUUGCAGUUCUGGAAAUGUUUUUAGCUUGGUACCUUCAUAUAGAUUAUGUACAUGUGUGCAUCCUGCCUUUACCCAUAUGUUGUAGUCAAAGGGCAUUAAAAGUUAUUUUAAAGACAUUUUAUUUAACCACUUCAGUUAACAAACACUUAAGCAAAUAUAAGCUUGUGAAUGCUAUGUAAAGUUAUGAAUUUAGUUAAAUAAAACAAUUUAAAUUGUUUUCUAAAAUUGAGUGAUAAACCCAUUAAACUGGGGAUUGUGAAACUUGCAAUGAGUUAAUCACACUCUAUGUAUUUCUAAUGGUAUAUAACAAAAAUCCAUUCUGAUAUAACUGUUAAAUUAAUCUGAAAAGAUAUUAUUCUAAAGAUGAAAUAUUCAUCUGGUUGCAAAUGUUAAAAUUAUGACAACCAGCCAGAAAGAAUCUUUACGUUUAAAAAUCACGAUUUAAUCAAAUCUUACUGAUUAGUGAUUUAAUUUGUGAUGUUUGAACAAAUCCAAUCUGCAUUAAUAUUUAUUUUUUCUCUUUAACUGCAUUAAGGGACACUGAAUGCACCCAGACCACUUCAGCUCAUUGAAGUGGUCUGGGUGCCAACUAACAUCACCCUUAACCCUGCAAGUGUAAUUAUUUAAGUUUUUAUAAACUGCAAUAUUUACCUUGCAGAGUUAAGUUCUCUACUUUCCCCCUAAAUUUCUCUCUCUCUCCGUUUUUUAUCUCCUCUUGUAUUUUAUAUAAUAUGUUAUUAAUUAGAUUUUGAUAUAUGUAAUUAUGUUUUGGAUAUUCAAAUGUAUGAUUAUAAUGAAAUAAGUUUUAGGAUAAGAGACACAUAAAUUUGAAGAAAGAUUAGUGUCAGAACCUCUUUAUUCAGACUAUAUGAUUUAAGAACGUUCAAAUAUGGCUGCAAUAGCUUCAUGAACUCAAUAUGAAGUACUUCCGGUCCGGCGAAAAACGUCUGACGUCAGACGCAACGUGACGUGAAAAAGGGCGGGAACGUGGAAGCCGCCCGCCGGAACCAGGAAGUAGGAGGAGGACACCACGACGGAGAUGUUUGGGCGCCAAAUUAGAACAUCAGUGAGGAUAUAAAUACCCAACAUGGCGACCAUUACUUUAUGCACUUUGAAAAAGACUUUAUUUUAGUCGAAACGCGUUAGUGUUAUUCUUUUUAUGCACUUUAUAGAUGUCUUUGCACAUAUAGUGCUGCUAUUUUGUCUUAUGCACUUUAUAUAUGUCCCUGAAUAUUAUUAAAUUUCGAAAAGUAUCCCCACUCUGUUUUGGAAUUUUUAUAUCUCCUGUAUCCUGAUCCAAGUGGAGAAUCCUGAAGGCGUGGUGGAGUUUAAUACACCAGGGAAUUUCCAAAGAGCAACUAUAGUCAGAGCCUACUAUACGUGGCUCUGCAAAGUGUGAGUGAAAAAUCCACAUUUAUUUACUAUAUUAUUUGGAAAAACAGUAUUAUACUAUGUUUGGAUCUUUUUGUAUAUAGGUUACAUCUGAAGGACUGACCAGUGUCUCUAAGUAUACCAUAUACAUUUGUAUUUGCACUCCUCUAUCUCUAUCUUUUACUAGAGGGACUACUGGCCUGUUAAGCGACUUUUGUUCGUCUAAACAACGCUGGACGUCCUCACGCUAUGCAUUAGGACUUCCAGCGUCGCCGGAAUCCCCAUAGGAAAUCGAAUAAUGCUUUCCUAUGGGGGGGGUGUAAUGUGCAUGUGCGGACAUUGCUGCACAUGCGCAUUAGGUCUCCCCUGCCAGUCGACGGAGGAGGAGCGUGGGCGGAGCCUGACCCAGCGCCAGGGAACCUCAGUGCUGGAUUCAGGUAAGUGUCUGAAGGGGUUUUAACCCCUUUAUUGAUGUGGGAUGGGGGGCAGGAGGGAGGGGGGCACUCCAGGAUCCUCUAGUAAGGCGUAACUUAAGGUAAAAUUUGUAAUCUGCUAAAGGGAUUCUCCAACUGGUUUGUUUUCCUGGCACUGGAGAAUCCCUUUAGCAGAUUACAAAUUUUACCUUAAGUUACGCCUUACUAGAGACAUCUGUAUAUUUCUAGACAAAUUGAUUUGUAUUGGGAAAUAGUUAUUCAUUUCCAGUUGAGAAGCUUAUUGUGUUAACGAUGAACUUAUAAAAUUAAAACUACAGCAUUCAAUCUAUGACAGUGGCAAAGGGUUUAUGUGGGAGUAAAAAGUGUAUUGUUUGUGUUCUGAAAAGUGGUCUAAAGUAAUAUAAGUGGGUAAUAUACCAUACGGACCAGCUGGCACAGUCUGGUGAUUCCUCCUCUUUUUACAUCUUUGCACUGCUUUUCAGACACUUGUUAUUCAUAACCUGCAAUAUUACACUGUUUAGAAAUCACUGCUCUCUAGGCAGUACAAUGACUGCAGUGAUCAAUAGUGCUUAGAUUGUAACAAUGCUGUGUGAUACAAAAAGUGAAUACAAAUACAAAAAGAUAAGUCCUGCGCUCACUCCCAUCACUCCUGGGCGGCAGCAACGACCACAGUAUCACACAGCUUUGUUACAAUGCCAUGUGUUCCCUAUUAAGGGUUAAUAUGUAUAUAGAGGUGUAUAUAAAAAAUACCCCUCUCUGUCUCAUUAGAGAUAUCUUUGCCAGAAGCUCAAGGAAGCAAGGUGAAGGGUCAGUGUAGGACCCGCUUAAGGGGGUCUGCCUUGAUGUUGGCAGGCGGGCAAUGGCCAUUUGAGUAACUAAAUGACCUCCAUUUGUCUAAAUAUACAUAGGGAUUCAGGAGAGAGCGCAGGUAACUUGGUUUUUACUAUAUAUUGGGGCUGAUGUGUACUGUGGUCGUUGCUGCCGCCCAGGAGUGAUGGGAGUGAGCGCAGGACUUAUUUUUACUCUCAGUGGCUAGUGGUGAGUUGAAAUUUUGAGCCCUGUUUAUUUACUUAUCCCUUAUGUCUGAAAGAUAAACUGUCUUCUGUCUAGUUACCCUUUAUAUUUAACACAUGUUUGGUGAUGUCUUAAAAAUGUAAUGUAGCCUGGAAUUGGGGACCUCCAUCUUGACUCCUUAAUCAUUGUUAUAAAUGUUGCCCUUUUCUGCCAAUGAAAAUAAUUAGCAGAAUAGUAGAAACUGAAACAAGGUUUCAAUUUCUCUUUUUCUUUGCAUUACCUGACCUGGCUGUGCCUGUAGUGAAUGUGGUUUCAUUGUCACCUGGUAAAUAGUGCCUGGAGGCCCUGGGCUCCAUCUUACAUUAUGGAAUUAAAUUGUUUACUGAUAGUAUAGCCUUUAAAGUUGUGAAGAUGGCUCCCAUUCACUGUGCCAUUUUCUUCCAGUCACGUGUUUCAGUGCUGAUGCCUCGGACUGAGCACCAAUGAUAGGUAACUAUUGAUAUGUAUCUUUCUCACAAAGUUUUUUCAAUGGUGAACCAGUGAUAGGCUGAGACCGCCAACCGAAUGUAAAGUACAGUCAUGGGGAAAAAAAGACAGUCUCUUUUCAAUAGUACGGUUUUGCAAAUCAGGACAUGGUUGUGAAUGGAGAUCUAGUUGCGGGCUUUAUACCUAUUAGCUGCCAUCAAUGUAUGAAUUAUUUGCUCAAAGGAAGAUAUAGGUAUUUUAAUGAGUAACAUAAAUAGUAAGAAAGAUUCCACCAAAGCUGGCAUCUGAAUCCAUAUGGAGGUAUCCUUUUUCGUCAAAACAAAAACAAUGAAAAAUUCUAGUUUAGAGACACUACAGUACCUUAAAGUACUUCUUAAAGGGCACCUACAGUCUGGGAAAAUAAAUAUUUCAAGACUAUAGUUUCCAUUAUGACCACCCUCUUCCUUUGUAAAAUUAAGUUCAAUAUUACCGUAUUUCCAGUGCUGGGACUCUGCUACCAUCUCCGGUUACGUCAGCAAGUGAGUUAUUGCACUAUAGAAAGUACAACGAAUUAUUAUGAGUAGAGCGUUUCUUCCCCCAGUUAAAAAAGUGCCAAUUUCUAUUGAAAUCAGCACUUUGGAAAAAUGUUGAAAGAAAUGACAGAUUAUAGACAAAUGAAGCACGUCAGCAUAAGAUUCUUGGUUUUAAAAGUAACGUUUCUUCUGGUCAAAAGACACAGCAAAUUUUAAAAACCACAAGUUCCUGUCUGGUUAAUUAGGGUAUAAGGACUCUUUAAUUAUACUCACAUUGUGAUAGAAAUCUAACAUGGUGAACCGGUUAAACUUGUAUUACUUGCUAACCCUCUUGUUAAGAUUUUCUUUCCUGCUUGAUUUGUUUUUCUUUCAUCAUAUAAAAGCCUUUUGGUUCAUCUUGUCUGGUAGCUUGUGGUCCGGAUUCCAAUUAUGAUAUAUCUAAAGUGGAAUUUCUCUUCAGCAAUUAAUAUAUCAGUUUUGUCUAUAUUUGGACAUAAAGCUGGAUGAAAUUCAUCCAAACAGGAGCAGUAUGGAAGUAGGAAGUACGAUCACAAAAUGUGGAAGGAUCGGAGGUGCCUCUGGGCAUUAAACCAUUCGCAACAAAUAGGGGUAAAGCAGAUGGUGGAGCACGUUGGGUCAAGAUGGCACGCAGAGACCACCGCCCUCAAUACAAUUUCAUUGACAUGAAGUUGUGUUGAGUGAGGAGAAACCCUUUAGGCGUCUAGCUCAGUAAUGGAUCUAAUGUGUUAAAAAAACAAAAAAAACACUACAAUUUUGUCAUCCACCUGUUUCUAUUAGACCUUUUCUUAAGUGGUUCAUUAAAAACUGGGCGCUUGAGCCACCUAUAGCACAGUCUCUGGUUGCAACGUGGCUUCAGUGUUACCCUGUACAUCACUGUUCUGCAGUACUAAGCUGUGAGUGUAGGUCUAACCUGUUUCUAACUCUCUAAUCGUAUUACUGUGAUCAGUAUUUGCGUGAGCUGCUGCAGGUGGGUCAGGCUAUAUGUUACAAGGAGAGCCCUGUUUUUGUCAUUUCAAAACUGAUUGACACAAACUGGGCAUAUGGUACCCCAAAAAAUCAAAAUACAAUUAAAUGAACUAUAGCUGGAACAUUGCUGAGAAUGGACCAUUGAAUCACAUGCUUGUAUUUAUUAGGCACAGGAAACUAAAUCUCUGCACUAAUUGCAUCUAAUUCAAAGUGGGCCUUUUUUUUUUUUUUAAUUUCUCUAAAAAAUUAUUACUCUAGAAUCUACCCCUGUGCAAAGCAAUUUCUUAAGCAGUCAUCAGAAAAAGUCUAUGUAUAGUGCAAUUAGCAUUUGGAUGUUUGUAACAAAUCAGUGACGUCAAACAUCUGUAUAUUGAAGUGACACUCCAGGAGACAUUUAAAACCUCUGUAAUGCAAAAGAAUCAUUCAAAUAAAACAUAUCUAACACUUAAGCUACUUUGUGGCAAAUGCCAUCGUCAUCCUCACAGCAGUGGUGUAUCCUGCUUUUGUGCUGCCCUAGGCAAGACAAAACUCAGGUGCCCCCACCACCCCAGCCUUCCUCGCCUUCUAAAUACACACACACACACACACACACACACAUUCACUGACAGACACGCAUACACUAGCUAACAGACAUAUACACUCACUAACAGACACAUACCGUCACUAGCAGACACACACAUUCACUAACAGACACGCAUACACUCUCACUAACAGACACACACAUAGUAACUCCCUGACAGACUCACACUCCCUGACAGACUCUCACUCACUUUUUUUUUUUAAAUUUAAUCCCCCUAGCCUCCUUACCUUUGGGAAUGCUGGGGGGUGUUCUCCCUUUCCCUGGGGUCCAGUGGGGCUGCUGGGCGGGCGGCGCUGGCAAGGGAGCACUGAUUAGUGAGCUCUCUGCUCAGCUCCCUCGUGCACCGCAGAGUGAUGCCGGGAGCUGGAAUAUGAUGUCAUAUUCCAGCUCCCGGCAUCACUCUGCGGCGCGUGAGGGAGCUGAGCAGAGAGCUCACUAAUCAGUGCUCACUUGCCAGCGCUGCCCGACCGACCUGAUUGUCAGUUAGCCGCCAGGCUAACAAGACAUUUGCCUGGGCAUUUGGGGCGGCUUUUUUUGCCGCCCCCUGGAAAAUGCCACCAAAGGCAAAUGCCUUGUCUGCCUCGCGGCUAAUACGUCCCUGCCUCACAGUCAAUCCUGGGUGUCAAAUACCAGCCUAUGGUGCAGAGACAUCUAUCAGAAAGGCAACAGACUAAGUUGUAUACACUUGGUGGACACAUAGGAUACGUUACCUUUGGACACUUUGGGAUACAUUUCAACUAAGCAAAAUAUACCCAGCCUCCUUGAUUUAUACUACACUAUAUUGGAUGUGGAUUGGAACUCUAAACAUAUAAGGUUUAAUAUAUAUAAUUUCUAAUACCCCUGAUAAUUGAUCUAGGGGGAAUAUUCACUAGGCACUGGCACUUUUUUUUUGUGUGUAUUAGAAUGUAAGCUCGUCUGAGCAGGGUCCUCAUCUACUUAUUGUUCCUCUAUCAUUUUGUAAUUGCUCCUCUUAUUAAAUUUUUCCCUUCCAUAAUAUUGUAGAGCUCUGCUGAAUAAGUUGCUACAUAAAUAAUAAUAAUAAUAUCAAGGCAGCCAGUCACCUAAAUAGAUUAGCACUAUAGUGUCAGGAAUACAUGUUUGACACUAUAGUGUUCCUUUAAAUUUACAAGUAAAGAAGUCUAGAACAAAACAUCAUAGAAAUUUAUUCUGAUGUGACACACUGGAUGUUUUUUUUUUUUUUUUCUUUUUUUUGUAAAUACAAAUUUUAUUUAUUUUUCAAAAAGAAUAAGUAACAUUGAGACUCGCAGGCCUCGUGAAGUAUGUUAAAUAUUAUAGCAGGAACUCAAAUGUUUAAAGUCUAGGAUUAAUGGAAACACGCAGGUUUCGAUAUGGUAAGGUAUAGAUAGAACUUGAGAUACGCAGAUCUCACAUUGAGCCUCUUUCGUGCGGCACGCAGGCCCAUUUUAGGUUUAAUGGUAUUAGCUGUAGAUGUGUAAUGCGGUGACAUAUGGUUCAGCUGUGUAUUAUGUCUGUUGGGUUAUUUCCCUCGUCCACAUCUUAGCUGGACGCGUCCGCUCUCGGGUCGUCAGGUAUAUGUUUGGCAGUGCCAUUGUGUCAUGAAGUCAUGAUGUGUUCUCCGUGUCUGAUCUGCCGUUCAAGCCUGGACGGUUUUUAUGGUGACGUAUAGGUUCUACAUGGGCUCUAGGUGUAGGCUUGGUGUCAGCCGUCUGUGGGUGCAGCCUACUUCUGCGGGUUGUACCUUCGUGCAGUUGUGUGGCUCCGUGUAGGUUGAUGCGGUCAUGGGUGACACCUGAAGGUGGUAUUUUAGUGGGUCUGAUUGUCUGCUCGUGUGUGUGUGUGUGUGAGGGGUUGAGGGGGUGGACUGUCCGUGGGUUACUGUCGGGGGGCGUCUUGGUCUAUUUCGUCUCCUGUUUUACCGGUCUGCGCGGUCCCGCUGCUCACUGUUUAUGCGUCAUAUUUGAGCCUAGUUAUGAAGUCUGCCCUGGUAGUCGUCAGUAGCCAGUGUGACCAGAUUUCCAAAUAUUUAUCUGAGGAGUUGGUUGCGCUCAUGUUGAGUUCCUCUAUUGCCCUGAGUUCUUCCAUUUGGGAAAACCAUGUGGUCAGCACAGGGGUUACUGUUUGCUUCCAGAAUUGUGGGAGCACUUGUUUAGCUAUGUUCAGUAUUUUGUAUGGUUAGUGAAUUUUUGUAGCGGGAUCUGGGGGUCUUUGUGUGGUGUAGGAGCAUGGUUUCUGGGAGGAAGGGUGGUAAUGCGUCUGAAAAUGUUUGGAUGAGGUCGUGUAUGCCCGUCCAGAAAGGUUGGAUGGCCUCGCAGUCCCACCAGAGGUGGAGCGUGGUGCCGAUCUCUUUGCUGCAUCUCCAGCAAAGGUCAGUGUGUUCUGGGUCUAUGGCGUGAAGAGUGAUUGGGGUGCGGUACCAGUUCGUUAGCAGUUUGAACGCUGUUUCUUGUGUCCUGCUGAAGACCGAGCAGUGAUGCGUUAGGUAGCACAUCUCCUCCCAGUCUCCACCCGUGAAGGUUUUGCCUAGUGUCUGUUCCUACAUCCCCAUGAACUUAGGUUUCUUCGUCGGGGUUUCCAUCUGGAGCAUGGAGUAGAUGAGCGAGAUCCUGUGUGGGUGGGGGUCGGGGUCUAUGCACAUUCGUUCAAAUGUGGUGGGGUCUCGUGUCCGUGCUAUGCCCCCUGGGAGGGUGUGUACAUAGCUUUGUAAUUGUCUGUAUUUAAGGUGGUGUAGGGGGGUGGGGGUGGAUCCCUCUAGUAGGUUCGGGAGUGUCUUGCAGUCAGUCCUGUCAAGUAGGUGGUGUAAUCUAGGAGUCCUGGGGUGCAGCAGGUCCCUGAAUGCGUUGGGGUCCAAGCCCGGUGGGAAGCUUUCGUUGUGUGUCAGGGGGAGAAGGGGAGACAGAUACGGCGCCAGUCCGCACCUCCUCGCCACUCCCCUCCACACCCGCAAUGUUGCCAUUGUGUAGGGUGAGCACCCCCCCAACCCUCUGCCAUGGCCGGGUGGACAGCGGCCUCCCAGCCUCCGUCUCCUCUACGUCCUUCCAGCUUUUGAGCACCUUCUCUUUUGACCACUUCAUGACCCUUUGGAGAUGGCAGAUGCCAGGCCGCCCCUGUCUUUGGGUAGCGUCAGCGUGGCCAUCCUCACCCUCGGCCUUCUCUGCUUCCACACGUAUUUUCCCAUUGCCUGUCUCAAGGUAUUAAAAAAGGGUCUGGGGAUAUUUAUAGAGAGGGCCUGCAUGAGGUAUAGUAAGCACGGGAGGAAAUUCAUUUUUAUGACCUGGAUCCUGCCUAGCCAGGAUAUGUGUGGGUACGCCCAGUCAGACAGGUCCUGUCGGAACCUGUCCAGUAGGGGGGAAAAGUUUUCCCUGAAUAGGUCUUUGCCUUUCCUGGUCAACCAUGUGCCCAGGUACUGUAUCUUGUGUUCUGCCCAUUGGAAUGUGUGACUCUGUCUCAGUGGGGCGACCCUGGUCUCAGGUACACUAUGUUCAGGACAUAGGACUUGGAGAAGUUAAUUUUGAGGUUGGAUAUCUCCCCAGAUACCCUGAAUGCUUUCAGAAUGUUCGGUAGUGAGACCUCCGGGUUGGUGACGAAGAACAGGAGGUCAUCGGAAUAUGCCACCACCUUAUGCUGCGUGUCCUCUCUCCUGACGCCCCAUAUGUCAGCGUCGUGUUUUACAUGGGACUGGAAGGGCUCGAGUGCCAGCACAAAGAGCAGGGGGGACAGGGGACAUCCCUGCCUGGUGCCGUUGUGAAUAGCAAAUUCAGUUGUCAGGGCUCCGUUGAUGAUGACAUGGGCCCAUCGUACAGCGCCUCGAUCCAGCUCCUGAAAUGUGGUCCCAGUCCUGUGUGUGUCAGUGUAUGGAACAUGUAUUGCCAGUCAACCCUGUUGAAGGCCUUCUCUGCAUCUGUGGACAGCAGAAGAAGGCCUCAGUCUCCUCCCCCCCGUCCGUGCAUGAGGGUCAAUGCCCUGAUCGUAUUAUCCCUCGCCUCCCGUCCCAUGAGGAAGCCCACCUGGUCUGGGUGUAUUAAUUUGGGGAUGUGUGUUUGGAGGCGUGUAGCUAGGAUUUUUGCCAUUAGUUUGACAUUGCAGUUGAUGAGCGAGAUGGGCCUAUAGUUCCCACAGUGUUCCCUGAUUGGGAUAUGUGCUGUCAUUGAUUGCUUGGGAAGGUGAUGUCCCUCCCGUAAUGCGUUUAGUGCGUCUAGCAGAGGGGAGUACAGGUGGUCUGUGAAUGUUUUGUAAUACCUCAGUGCUAACCCGUCCGGGCCUAGGCUUUUGCCUUUCUUUGUCAUUUUGAUGGCCAAGGCCAGUUCUUCCAUAGAGAUGGGUUCAUCUAGUCAGUCGGCGACUUCUUUGUCUAUAGACGGGAUGGGGUGGGCCGCCAGGUAGCUAUGAAUUUUCUCCCGGAGGCUGGCUUUCGCCUUAUCUGAAUGGGAGGGCAUACAAGUCUGAGUAGUAGCCCCGUAUUAUGUCUAGGAGUUUAGAGGGUAAGUGGUGCAGGGUGCCCUGUGUAUCCCUCAUUCUUUUCGACGUACGUCGUUUGUCUCUUUUUGGCGAGCAUUCUGGCUAGCAGUUUACCGCUUUUGUUGCCAUGGAGUAGAAAAAAGGCUUUGUGUCUGACUACUUCCCCGUGGUGUUUCCUGUGGAGGAGACUGGUUAGGUCCCGUCGUAAUUGUAGUAAUGUCGCCUGGUGUGCCAUGUGUUGUGCAUUUUUGUUGAGUGCGUCUAUUCUUUGUAUUUCUGUCACUAGUUCUUACAGUCGGCUGUCUGUCUGUUUUUUGAGGGUGGCGCCCUGUCGAAUGAAGUGCCCGCGAGCAACGCUUUUGUGGGUCUCCCAUCUCAUGGUCGGCGAGGUCUGUUCGGCCGUGUUCGUCAAAGUAUUCUUUGAGUGUCUCCCCUAUGUCGGCAGUUAGGUCAGUCCUGGUGAGAAGGUAGUCGUUCAGUCUCCACUUAUUGAGCCUGGGUCUGUAGAGAGGGGAUGCGAGUGUCAGGAUCACGGGAGCGUGUUCCGCGCUGUGUGUUAGUGGUAGGUGAUAGUGUGUGGUGAAAAGGUAGUCCAGUCUGGUGUAUGCGCUGUGUGGGUGGGAGAAGAAGGUGUAGUCCCUCUCAUCAGGGUGGUGGCCACUCCAGCAAUCUAUCAGUUUGUGGCGGAUCAGAAGUGCUUUGAUUGAGUUUAGAUGUUGUCGGUAUUCGUGAAGUGCCGGAGGAGGAGUCCCAUCGCGGGUGGAGCGCUACAUUAAGUUCGCCACCCCCCCACGAUGAGGACCCCCUCCGCGAAGGACUGUAGCUUUUUAAGUGUGCGUGCAAGGAAUCUAUAUUGUCGGUGGUUUGGGGCAUAGAUGUUUGCAAAUGUAUAGGUCUGCCCUGCGAUUGUGCCUUUUUGGAAGAGGUAUCUACCCUCCCUAUCCGUCACCUGUCCCACCUCCUCGAAGGGUAUCCUUUUGUUGAUCAGGAGGGCAGUGCCCCUGGAUUUCCCUGCGUGGUAGUUGCUAUAGUAGCCCGUCGGGAAGUGGUGGUUGGUCAGUUUAGGCCUGGAACCUUCCCUAAAGUGCGUCUCCUGUAUCAGUACUAUUGAGGCUCGUUUAGUAUGGAAGUCUCUCAGUGCCCCCGAGCGCCUCUCUGAUUUAUUGAGGCCUCUGGCGUUAAUGGAGAGGACAGUGAGGCAAUCUGGUACCAGCGCCAUUUGCGCCGCAGCGCGGUGGUGGCCGCGUCGGUUGAUUUGCGAGUCUGGGGGUCGUGGAGAGUGUAUGUCAGGUAGGUUAGUCUGUAUGGGUAUAUGCGGGGUGUGAGGUGUGCAUGUAUAUUCUUGUCACCGUAGAGUGGCGGAGAGGUGUCAGCAACGGGUAGCAAUUGGACCCGCGGCCACCUGUGGUCCGCGGGUUCCACUCACCUAUCUAAGGUCGCUGUGCCCUGUGAGGUUGUAGGAGGAGGCAGGGGGACUCCGGGUGGUACCAGUCCUCCCCGUGUCCGCGUGGAUUGUGUCUCGGUCGACCGGAUCCGUGUGGAUCCCCUUAUCGGCUCCAUCAGUUAGAGUUGUGUCGUCAUUGUGAUCCUCGUCGAUGGGGCGAGUAAUCCCCUAGCUCUGGGUCAUGUUUCGUAAUGCAGGUGCGGGUAUCCGCCGUGUAUGCGUACAUUCAUAUUGUAACAGAACAUCAGAAAAUAUGUUUCAAAACAUUAACUUGCAAACCAGUGUGCGUAAACCAGCAGCAUAAACCAUAAUACAGAGUGUGUGGGUUUCCCAUCUCUGUUCCUUCCAUCGUCAGUGGUUGUGUCCUCCCCUCUGUUCAGGUCCCCGUUCCCCCCCAUGAGGUGUCCCCCUCGCCCCCAGUCCUCCUCAGGUGUUCCCUGUUACUCUAGUCGUGGGUUAGGUCUGCAUUUGGGGUGGGUGGUGCAUGGGUAUAGUGGCCCGAUGCGGGCAGGUCUCAGGGGCAAUGGCUAGGUCAGCAGGGUCCACCCGCUUAGUGUAUCCUUCCUCCCCCUCGGAUUUCGCGGGCGUUCCCAGUGUGUGAGUGAGCCCCACCGGCGGGGCCCAAUCCAGGUUGAACGCCCCCCCACCCCGUUGGGGCAAGGGCGGGCCACCCUCCGUCUUUAUCCCUUUCCCGUCUUGCCUGCCAGUGUGGUCUCUCCUCCAGGUGUCUCCCCGCUGGGUCCCUGCCCUCUCCAACCCCCCCCCUCCGUAAUGGGAUCUGUCUGUAUGAGGCCCCUGUCGUUGCAGUUUUCCCCUGUUCCCUCCCCCCUUUCGGUGUGCAGGUUCCAUGGAGCAUUUCAGGGGGCCUGUUGAUCUGUAGCCGGGAGUCCCAGUAUUCCCAUAUCGCACUCCCCCCUUCUCAAUUAGUGCUGCAUGGUAACUUGCCUAACCCCAAAGUGUUCGUAGGGGGCUGGUGCCCUGAGCAGAAAGAAAAAGUCCCAUGGGGUGUUACUUGCGGUUAUGUACUGUGUCCGUCACCGGUCCUCUUAUGCGGCAGUCCCUGAGAGCCGGAUGGCCUGCUGGCGGGACCCCUUGCUUCUGUGGGGCGGAGGUGGAAGCCCCCGGAUCUCAGGAGUCGCCAUGUUGAAGGAGAGGGGGUCCGGCCAUGUCAUGUUGAUGGGUGGGAGUUGGAGUUCCACAAUUAGGUCGCUUAAGUCCUCCCGGUGCCAGACUGUAAAGAGUCCCUUAGCAGUGUUGGCCUGUAGCCAGGUUGGGAAGUUCCAUCUGUAUCUGAUUUUGUUGGUUUGUAGGACUCUAGUGAGGGGCCUCAUUGCCCGUCGGUAUGCCAGGGUAGCUGGUGAGAGGUCCGGGUAAAGCUGUAUGUCCACUCCGUUUAGUGUGACGCUCUCUGUUCCGCGGGUUUUGCGCAGGAUUUCUUCCUUGAGCUGGAAGCUGGCCAGACAACAAAUAGCAUCCUGGUGGGCCCCUCGGUCUCAGUGUGCUCUGAUAAAUUCAAUGUUAGUGGCCGCCGGACGGCCCAGGAUUCUGUUGAAUAGUUCUCUGAGGGUGUCUAGUAUCGGUGCUGUUUGAUCCAAGUCUUCGGGAAUACCCCUCACUCUAAUGUUUUGUUGUCUACCACGGUUGUCCAGGUCUUCCAUAUGUAAAGCCAUUUGUCUCAUCUGUGCCGUGUGACUAUGUAGGGUGUCCGUGUUAGCAGACUGGUCGAACGUCAGGUGGUCACAGUCCGCCUCCAGCUGGGACACCUUGUUGUGUAGGCCCUGGAUAUCCUCCCUGAGGGAGUGCAGCUCCGCGGUGAUGGAGGCCUGCAACUCCGAAAUGGCCUCCUUCAUGUCUUGCCUGGUCGGGAGCACCCGGAUCAGCUGCACCCAGUCUGGUUGGGGGUCUAGGGAGGUCCGGAUCUGUGUCGCUUGUCGGUCACUACGUGGCGAUGCCAGGCGGGAGAUGACGGAGGCCUCCGAGUCAUUGGAGGCCUGUGAGGCCGUUUCUGCGUGAGACACCAGGUAUUGCCGUAGUGAGGAGGUGGUGGACCCCUUUGGCGUGUCGGCUGGUUUGUUGGAGUACGAUGCCCGGUGUGUUUUGCCCAUGAUUGCUUGAUUUUUGGUGCUUUGACGAGGAUUUUAUCUGAGCCUGUCAGGGAGCUCCAGGUUUACGCCGCCAUCUUCCUCUGUCCCCAAAGCCACGCCCCCCCUAAAUUUUACUUAUUAGUUUCCACACUCAAGAAACAUCUGGUUCAGCGUAAGAGUAUAAAAUAUAGUGAUAAAGAAAAUAUACAUCUUGGGUCAUAAGCAUAUGACUAAUUUCUGUGCUAUCGGAAUCAGGCAGGAGUGUACAUAGGCAACAACUGUAACGUUUAACAUAUAAACUAGCAUAAGUAUGUGGUGUUCCUAGUAGUAUCUCGUUUACCUUACUCAAGAACAUUAUAUAACGUGGGAAGGAACAGAAAAAUAAUGCAUAGCACUACAAAAAAUUUGAUCAAAUACAUUUCUGCUACUCUUCUAGACUGCACAGGUAGGUACAGCAAUGGCUAAUCUUUUUUCAAGCAGGACAGUAAACGGUAUGUCACUGUAGAUUGCCACCGCAAUGCCUUCAAACUGGAUGUUGCCACGUUCUCUGGAACGAUUCAUGAUCGCUGCUCUGCUGGAUACGUCUCUGGUGACUACUAUUGUUUUUCUGGGUGCCUUAAGUGGGGCAGUAGCAGCUUUGCGGACUCUGAAUGCUGAGAGUGGUAUCACUUGUUCGGCUAUUCCUUUAAGGCCCAUGGAGGUUAGUAGCCUCUGUAUGAAGGGCAGCAAGCUGUCUCCAUCGAUCUUCUCGGGAAUGCCUCUGAUGCGGAUGUUCUUUUUUCUGUGCCUGGAUUCCAGACUCUGUCCCAUUGAGUUUCUGGACAUAAGUUGUCCACCUGACUCUGGGUGGCUAGGAUCUGACCCUCUCGGGAUUUUUCUUUGGUCUCCACCUCCUUAAUUUGCUGGCGGAUGACCCCUAUCUCCUUUUGAAUCUCAUUAAGGGUCUGAUUUCCAGACCUUAUGCAGGUCUAUCAGGAGGUGCUUUAUGUCGCCUUUUGUGGCCGGCGAGGAGUCAUCCUCUAAAUCGGAAAUCCUGUUCGACUUCACUCACUUCAAAUGAGGUAAGCCUUUCUACAUCAUAUUGUGCUCCCUCAGAGUUUCCUUAGGCACCGCGGGCGCCAUCUUGGAGGAUGUGGAUGGAGCAGGCCUCGCAAAGGAAAGCCUAUAUAUCUGGUGGCCUUGGGGUCUAUGGAGGGCAAAGUAUUUUAUGCUUGCUGCCCAUUCUUGUCUCUGUUGGGAGACGUGGUAUCUGAUGUUUUUUGAACUGGAAACUGUGAGUUCAUAGCAGUUUUGCUCGGUUUGAGACGGAGCUCCUCAGGAACGCGUCUCGUCUGGUGCUCGGCUAACCACGCCCCCCCAUACCUUUUAAAGUACCAAUACUCACUGAUAGGUACACACACUCACUGAUUUGACACACUCAUACUGACAGGCGCACACACAUUCUGUCACACACACCAUUAUUUGUUUUAUUUUAAUUUACGUCCACCCAACCUCGCUAUCUUUUGGAGAGAGGGAGUGUAUCCUUUACCUGGAGUCCAUGCUAUGAUCCUGUAAUCUUCAAGCUCUUCUCGCUUUGGUCCUUUGCGUACCGUUUAGUGAUGCCAGGGCCAGAAUGCCGUCUUAUCCUGGCAUUACAGCAGGGCGUGCGAGGGAGCAGGGCAGGAAGAUUACAGCGCUCUCUGCCUCCAUUGUUCACAGCCCCAAUCGAAGUGGGUCCUAUGUUGGCCAACUGGCCAGCUCUUGGCCACCUAUGACAGGCAGAACACAUGGUGCAAACUCAGCAACGCAUGUGGUUCCGCCAUUGCACCGGCAUGCAUCAAUGCAGUAUGAACGGGCUGACAAAUACCCAGGACAAAAUUCCUUGAGCUCUGUUUUAAAAUUUCUAAAAUUUCUUAAGCUCUGUUUUAGGGGAAAACAUAGAAUAUUCAUUUCAGUUGCUUAUAGAUAUUACAUAGUUUUGAUAUUGUUUUAUGAGAUCAAAGCUUUUAUUGAAUAAAACUAUGAUGAGCAUGUGUAUGUGACAAAAACAUUGUGAAUAAAAUUGAUACGCAGAUCCCACAUUCAGCAUCUAAAUAACACUGAAUGGGCGAUGACAUCACAACCAAUAGUAUUCCAGCAUGUUGUCUGCACAUCUCGCCUUAACAGUGAAAAGUGAUAAACAUUUAGGCAGGAAAUACCAUUGUGUUACCCCAUUCACAAGCUCAGUAAAUUGUGUAUACAUGUGCAUCUACAUCAAAUAUUAAACUUAAAAGAAUGGCUCAACGGUAUUCAACAUACAAUGUGAUCAGUGUAUAUGUUCUGUGGCAUGAAGUAUCUGACAGUUAUGAGUUACUGAAACAGCGGAUGCGGAGUCCAUGCACCUCGCUUACUUUUGAAGAAUGAUCGUAAUAAAUGAGAGAAGAAAUAAGAGAGAGAAGAGGGGAAGAGAGAAGGAAAAAAAAGGGGGGGGGUCGUAAGGUAGAUUUAAGGCCAGGUUAUGGUUGCACAGGGUGAUGAGGUGUGGAGAAGCGAUUCCAGUACAUUCCCCUCUUGCUAUAGUACUCACCCUCUCUCGAAACCGUUUCAGAAUGUAGCAGUCGAUAUGAAACAAGUAACGUGAAAUUUGGAGAGCAGGGAGAACUAUUCCGGUGGUUAGUGAAUUAGCGACGACCGGGAGAGGUGCGUCAAACCCAGCUAAGACUGUGCUUUCCCUCCCCUCCCAGCCACCCCUGCGUCCCUCUCUGCCACGUAAGCCAACCAUGGCCGUCAGUGCUCCACAUAGUGUUGAUAUUGUUUUCCCUACUUGAAUAGACACGACUCAAUCAAAGAGACGACGACUGUGUGGCUAAUUUUUGUUGAUGCAGUAAUGUGCCUAUUGCUUAUUACAUCGUAGACUGUUAAAUUGCCUUGUGAAUUAUUUGGGGUUCCCUUUUACCGAGUAAUGUUAUAUACUACAAAAUGAUUUUUGUAAAAUAUUUAUUGCUUAUUUUCAGCUGUCCCCUUUAUCGUUGAAUUAUCUUAACUUGUUUAUCAUUUAUUCCAGUUUUCUACCAAUAUUGUAAAGUGCUGCAUUAUCUGUGAAUUCUAUUUAAUAAUGCAUGGAUUAUGUUGUUUUUCAGAUUCUUUGUACUGCUGUCCAAUCACGUUUUUGUGGAAGGCUAAACUCGAUUCAUAGUCUAUCCUUGUUUCCCAUACCUCCUGCUGCUCAUGCUGUGUACUCUGUUACCUCUGGUCUGAUCUUGCUAGGUGAGUAUUUAUAGCUAAUAAUUGUUCGGAUCUGAUAAAGAGGUUGUUCAUCGUGCUAGUCUCAAAGGUUCAUAUUGGAAAGAUUAGAUGCAAGUCAACGAGCUGUGACCGUUCCUAAGAACACGUGUACAAGUGCACAAUAACUGUUUUACUGGUCAUCUUAUCUCGUAGUAUGUUUUACAAAUUACAUAGUAGUAACGUGGCUAUACGUGAACUUUCUUUGGAAUGAAUAAGCUGUAUCUUUUCCCUAGACAAUAAGUGAAAGGUUCAACCUGAUGGACUUGGGUCAUCUUUAUUACUAUGCAUUACUAUCCGGUAAUGUGCCUGUGUCCCGAUGUGGCCCUGGCAUUUUGCCGACCCAGUACACAAUAAUUAGUGUGCUGUAAGGGUCCCGAGUCCUAUCAAGAUGAAACAUCUGUGCCCUCUCUUAAUUGUACAAGCAUGCUAUGCCACUGAACCAUGUUCCUGGCCACAGGUAAAAGCAGGAAGGGGGGAAUAGGCCAAAUCUGUUUUUUUUUGUUUUGUUUUUUUUAAACGCCCCCCCCCCCCCAGCACUUACUUAACACUACAACCACACACUACAUGCACUACACACACACAUACAUUGCAUUCACUCAGCAAACACACACACUGCAUCCACUACACACACACACUGUGCAUGCAUUAUACACACACAAUGCAUUCUCUACACAAACACACACAAUGCAUCUACUAUACACACACACACACACACACACACACACAGAGCAUACAAUAUGCACACUGCAUUAACUACACACACUGGAUAACAUUAUGGAUGUAGGCAUGUUUUGGUGGUAACUGGAGGGGGGUGGCAACAUUUCAUCCUUGGACCCAGGCAGCACAAUGAUUAAAGAUUAGCUCUAUUCACAUAAUGUGCUCUCAGUAUGUUCUGUGUGUAUCUAUAUCUUAUAUUCCAACAUUGGUACAGAGGAUAGGAAAUUAAUCCAAUUGCAAGUUUGUGUAUUAUAAUCAUAUGUAUGUGUCAUUGUGGAUAUUAAGAGAGUGGCUUAUAUAGUAACACAGUGAGUGUGAUUAAUUAGGUAUUUGUGUGUGACUAAGACUAAUAUGCAAUGUAGAAUUUAUUGAAAGUGCCAAUAACACUACUUACCUUUCUGUAUUUCUGCCGUGAUCCAGAGACUGGGGGUGUCACACUAAUGUAACACCCACCCCUGCCUCCUGUCUACCUAACACUCCCAUGCCAUGUGCUUAUAAACGGGGUAACCCUCCACAGGACACCAUGCUCUGUCUCUAGCUCAUGCAAGAGGAGUAAUCACAGCAACUGCAGUGCAUGCAUUAUAUUUGCUGUGACAGCAGCAAAGGGAUAAAAGAAGGGUUCUUCUGCUCUUCGUUUUCACUCAGGUCUCCGCAUAGAUUUGUGCCAAGAAAUGAUUGACAGGUGGGGUAGGGCCAGAUAUUCCAAACAGCUUUUUUUCUUUUCUUAAAGUUCAUUUGUCAGCAUUUAUUGUAGCACAAUGUGUAGAUUAAAUUACACUAGUUCUUCUAGCACAAUGUGUACAUUAAAUUACAACAUACGCAGUGUUAAAUGCUGAGAUGUAUAAGAGCAUGGCUAACUGUGCGUGUGCUAGUGUGUCAUGAAAAUACCUGGCUCCUAAAUUCUUGUUGAUUCAUAUUAGAGUGCUGCCAUCUGAAUGAUUCAACUGAAGUCACAUAGCUUAUCUGUCUGUAUGGGGCUACUAAAUCUGACCUCCACUGGCAGAGGUGAGCCCAGGGUAUUGAGUGAUAUUUGGCUCUCUCCUGUGCCAGCACAGAUCUAGUCCUUGUUGGCACUAUGCAAGAUGUGUCUGAACAUCACGGGUCUCUACUGCACAUUAACCUAUGUUAUACCAGUCCAUCUUUUUGUUGUUUGUGGAAUAUGAAUAUAGUCAGGCUUUAGAAUAUGUCCUAUGCUUUGGCUUGCCUAUUGCAGGAGUGAAAUAGUAUGUCCAACUUGGCAGACAUAGUCUGUAUAGAAAGUGCUGCAGGUGUUUUAGCUCAGCUCAGAAAAUGCCAGUUUGUGCAUGUGUGGAGUAUGUAUAUGCAACUGUUGGCAUGGCUCCAAGCAUGUUCCAGCACUUAAGUAUAUAGCCUGGGAACUCAAGAGUACUGUUAAUUGCAAAAUAUUAUGUAAUCUCUAAUAUAUUAAUAAAAAUAUCUGAACAGCUGUUUAUUUAAAAAAUGCAAACACAGUUUCUCCAAUGUACACUGUCAUGAUUAAUGAGUAAUUAAUGUUCGUUUCUAGAUACAGUUCCCAGGUUGUUUGUAAUAAUAUAUGAAUCAAUUAACUCUACACGGUAUCCCUUAUUACAGAUUAAAGCAACAUUGUAGAUUUUCCAUUUUAUGUUUGAUUACAGGGGAUUAUGUGUGAUAUAUUCAGAGUGUAAAUGUUGAUUGCUUCCUCCCAACCUUUGCAGAAGAUGAUCCACAGCCUUUUCUUGAUCAAUGGCUCUGGUGACAUAUUCCUGGAGAAACACUGGAAGAGUGUGGUGAGCCGUUCAGUCUGCGACUACUUCUUUGAAGCCCAGGAGAAAGCAGGGGAUGUUGAAAAUGUUCCUCCUGUUAUCUCCACACCACAUCACUACCUUAUUAGUAUCUACAGGGAUAAAAUAUUCUUUGUGUCGGUAAUCCAAUCUGAAGUGACUCCUCUUUUUGUAAUUGAGUUUCUCCACCGAGUUGCUGACACUUUCCAGGUAUGUGUCUAGCAAUUUAUUUGUGUUUCACCUUAUAUUGUUUUUUCCCUUUCCUCUCUCUCUCUCUUUCAUUUUAGGUUUAUCAUUAGGGAGUUGAUGGAGAAGCUUUGUUCAAAAAGAAGGCAAAAAUUACGUGUUAGAAACUUCCAUUCCCCUCAUUAAUUUUGUAGCCCUCCUUUCCAUUUUUUCUUUAGAACAUGUGCCCAAAAUUGCUUGGCAUAUUCAAGGUGUAGUUUUACCAUUGAUUUAUAAAGAAUUAAAAUUAUGUUUUUAUUCAGAGAAUUAAUGUCCCUUUUUAUACAUGACAAUAACUUACAGGCCUUAGUGACCGCUGAGUGACAUUGGCCAUUUUUGUCUAUAACAAUUAUCAAAUCCUUGUCAUGUGUUUUCACUAAUAUUUAGGGUGUAGGUUACUUGUGCAUUCUUUGACCCGAAGUGCAUUAACUGUGCAUUGAUCUACAUUAAAUUUCCUCUGCCAAUUGAGUGCCCAGUCCCCCGAUAUGUUUAAAUCCCUCUGCAGCAAAGAAAUAUCUUGCUCACACUGUAUUACAUUUCCUAGUUUUGUUUCAUCUGCAAACACUGACACAUGAUUUUCAAUGUCUAUUUCAAGAUCAUUUAUAAAUAGGUUAAAUACAAGUGGUCCAGGAACAGACCAAUGAGGGACACCACUUUUAUCCAGCUUAAAAAUGUUACCAUUAAUGCCAACUCUCUGGACUUAAUUUUAAAGCCAGUGUUAUACCAAAAAAACUAGAAUUUUCAUCAAGACUAGUUUAUUUUAAUUUAAAUACUUACCUAUUUUGUGGUUUGCAAACUCAAAGUAGAUUGCAUCCACUGUAACACCCUGAUCUGUACUUCUGCUUACUUAUUUAUAGACUACAAUUAGGUUAGUUGACUUGGACUGUGUUUCAUAAAACCAUGCUGUUUUCUGACAAUUUCAUUAUUAUUCCCAAUGAAUUAUUGAAUAUUAUACCUUAAUAACCUUUCAAAUACUUUCCCAGCCACAAAUUUAAGCUCACAGGUCUCUAAUUACUAGGCAGAUAAUUCGAAACCUUUUUGAAAAAAGUAACCACACCUGCCUUUCUGUAAUCCUCUAGUACGAUUCCUGAAAGAAAUGAUCCUGAAAGGUUAAAAACAGAGAUUUGCUUAUUUCACCACUUAACUCCUUAAGUACUUGUGGGUGAAUACCAUCAGGCCUAGAGCUUUCUUUAUAUUGACUUUCUUUAGUUACUGUAGCACCAGGUCAUCAAAUCACAACAAAUCUGCAUGUUUCUUUCUUUUUUUUUUUUUUUUUUGCCGCAAUGAUUUCUUGCAAUUAGUUCCCCCUUGUUAUAUACUGGGAUGCGACUCACCGAUAGAUACACACACUCACCGAUAGACAUAGACACACAAACACUCACCGAUAGACAUAGACACACAAACACUCACCGAUAGACAUAGACACACAAACACUCACCGAUAGACAUAGACACACGCACUCACACACACACACACACUGAUAGACAGACAUAGACACACACGCACUCACACACACACACACACUGAUAGACAGACAUAGACACACACGCACUCACACACACACACUGAUAGACAGACACACACACAUUUACACAUUCUUGCACACACAUAAUUUUCUUUAUUGCUCCCUACCUUUGAGAGCCGAUGUGGGGCCUCUCCCUGGGGUCCAGUGGGGAUCUUCUAUCUGCUCCUCACUGAUCGCUCGCGCAGUUUAGUGGUGCCGGAAUAUGACGUCAUAUUCUGGCGCCCGGCCUCAUUACAGAUGUCGCACGAGGGAGCCGUGAGGAGCAGGAAUACUGAGCUCCCUCGCUGGCCCUCCUUCCCAGCCGGGUAAGUUUUAGCAGAGUAGGCACCUGCAAUGUGGGGAAAGCAGGUACCUACUCUGCUAUAACACUAAGCAUGUACUUGUGGCUCGCCCGGCCGCAAAGAUGUCCAUUGUGGGCCGCAAGUUUGACAUUCUUGCUCUAAUCCAAUUUAUGUUCAAAUAAGUAAAAUCUCCAAUAAUGCAUAUUUACUUAGAAUUGCAGAUUUCUCACUUUGCCAUUCUUCCUCAACAUGGGUAGGUUAUAGAAUCAACAUUAGGUAGGUUAUAGAAUCAACAUUGGGUAGGUUAUAGAAUAUUCCAACCAAUAAUUGAUUCUCCUUUUGGCAGCACACAAAUAGCAAUAAGUCUCCCUUUAGUUCUGCUCUUUAUGUAUACAAUGGUGUAUUUAAAGGAACACCAUACGGUCAGGAACACAAACAUGUAUUCCUGACUCUAUAGUGUUAAAAACACAAUGAAGCCCUUCCCUCGACCCCUAAAUAUAGUAAAAUCAUACCUUUAUUCCAGGUAUGCUGCUGGCUCUGCCCCUGAUCUGUCUGUUUGGCUGACAUCAUCAAAAGUGAUGACCUCAGCCAAUCACAAUGCAUUCCCAUAGGAAAGCACUGGAUUGGCUAAAAUUGUCAAAGUGGCAGAGCAAGCAUAGCCCUGGCCAAUCAGCAUCUCCACAUAAAGAUGCAUUAAAUAAAUGCACCUCUAUGAGGAACCUUCAGUAUCUCCAUGCAGAAGGUGGAGUGGUCUGCAGCACUGCCCCAGGAAGCACCUCUAGCAGCCACCUGAGGUGUGGCCAUUGGAUGUAUCCCUAAGCUGUACGUAAACACUGCACCUUCUUUGAAAAGACAGUGUUUACCGCAAAAAGGGAAUAAUUCUACUCACCAAAACAAAUACAAUAAGCUGUAGUUGUUGUGGUGACAAUAGUGUUUCUAUGAUGAUGAUCAAAGGAGAGUAUAAAAGUAGAAAGUGAGGGAGAUAAAAUGUAUAAAAGUAUCACUCUGUGAAGUGUUUGUUCUGUUUAGAAGAGUCAGGUGGUGGUUGCUUUCUACAGCAGGUGGUUCAAACCCAUAUUGAGAAAACAAAACUAAAAAUGCUUGUCAAGGCUGGAGUUGGUACCCUUUUUCUAUUUAUUAUGAAAGUAACGUAUUGAAAAAAAAUACUUUUUUUUUGUUUUUACAUUUCACAAAUCUCCCAUGAUGCUGUUCAGCUUAGCUGCAACACGAAAGUGUCUGAAUAGAUUCAGCCAUUACGUUCUCUCCCAUACAAAGCUAUAGGAGUAUUACUGAACAUUUUACUCUGCUCUACCCACCCACCCUGGUUCAUUCUAACUAUAUAGCAUGCUCUUCCAGCUGUUUGGAAUCACAGCCAAUCACCUCCUCAUUCCCUUCACAUGCCAUCAGCUGCUGCAGCUAUUCUAUUAACUCUCUCUGCCAUCACAUACAAAUCCCUCUGCUACCUCUUGUCUCAUCUCCCCAGUUUAACCUUUAGAUUGUAAACUCAAGGGCAGGGUCCUCUACCUGUUGUAUCGGUCUGUUGUUUUUGUGUUAUCUUUCCUAAUUGUACAGCGCUGCGGAAUAUGUUGGCACUUUAUAAAUGCAAGUAAUAAAUUACACCGAUGCGCACACAACUCUUCAGCUAGACUGAUUGGGCCUGUUUAAUAAAUCCACCAAUAAAAUAACAUAUAUCACUCACAAAAGACCAUCUUAUUAUAAAUUAAGCUGCUCAGAGUUGGCUGACUUCUACUUUUCAAAAAGUUUUUAAUGACAAAUAGAGCAUUGUUAUUAGUUUUGGAUAAUGAUCAGCUUUGAUGGUUUUCCAGGAUUACUUUGGUGAAUGCUCUGAAACAAGCCUCAAGGAUAAUGUCGUGGUGGUGUACGAGUUAUUGGAGGAAAUGCUGGACAAUGGAUUCCCUCUGGCUACGGAGUCGAAUAUCCUCAAGGAGCUGAUUAAACCACCAACAAUCCUGCGAUCUAUGGUCAAUUCCCUCACAGGUCAAAAAUAUUCCUCCCUUGCCAGACAAUGUCACACUUAUUUAUAUUGUAUGUUUUGUGGGAUUAUUCACUAAAAUUGACAAUAAUCUUGCUAAAUUUAGGUCAGAGUAGCUGUGUUGGUGAAGUUCCAGUGGAAUGCUUUGGCCAGAAAAAAAUUAAAUUCUCUGUACGUUAGUUAAUAAUGUUACAGCCUAAUGGAUAAUAUAAUAAUAAUCUUUUCCUUCUUUUUCUCACUCUUUCCUCGGAACCGUUUACACUCUCUCUUUGUAUCUAUUGGUUUUCCUCUCUCUCUUUGGGUUGAUUUUCGGGGUUUUUUUUCUGUAUUAUUUUUCGCUUCCAUCAUGCUCUGCUUUGUUUGUUUGUUUGGAUUAUUUUUGCUCCCAACUGUCUUUGCUAUCCUGUCAUUGUUUCUUUUCACCAGACUUAAUUUUCUUUUUGUGCCUUUUUUUUCCCUUCUAUUUUCCAUCUCAAAUUCUGUCUUUGUAUUAUCUUACCUUUCUCAGGGCUCUCCAUCCACAAGUGUAUAUUUUGUGCAUUUCUGCCGUUGGCUGUUUGUCGCCAGCAUGCUGUGCGUAUGGAUGACAGACGUCCAACAUGCCCAGAGCUCUUGAUGCUUCUAAUUUGACUAAUGAUGCCCCAAUGUUGUUUCUGGAAGUGGAGUUAUACCUAUGGCAGAAGAGGGGUUAAACUCUGUAUAUGCAGCGUUUCAGAGCAAAAUGCUGUACAUACAGACUCCAGGCACCAUGACCACUUUAAAACACUAAAACGGUCAUGGUACUUGGAGUAACUCUUAAUACAUAGUGGAGAGACUUUACACAACACAAAUGUGGAUUCUUCAAAUCAUUUACUCUGAUAAUGGGCCUCUUUAAAAAAAAAAAGGCAUAGCCAGUACGAUUUAUACAAGAGAAAGCAGAUUAGAUGCUCCACAGAAAUGUCAUUGAGGAAGUAAGUAGUGCAAUAAUAAAAGUAUUUAAAACCUUUAGUGUUCCUUUAAAUUACUUCAUCUUGUUGAUCAUUAUAGUUUUAAAAACACUAUUUAACUUACCCAUUUAAAGAACUUAAAAACGCACCUUUAUUCUAGCUUUGCGCAGGUCUGCUGGUGCUGGCCACGCCCCCCGAUUUGUCCUCUAGGCUGACAUAAUCAGAACCGAUUGACUGAGAUCGUCAAUUCUGAUGAGAGUUUGCCCUGCGUUAAAGACGGCCCUGCGUAUAUGAGCUAUUAUAUUGUAUAUGUUCAUGAGUAGUUUAUGGUGUUGUGUAUGAUACAUAUGAAUGUGGGCUGUUUAUGGGGGCUGCUUGUGGAAUUGUGUGUGUGUGUGUGUGUGUGUAUGGAUUGAUAUGUCAUAGUGUGUGUUUGGUAGUGUGUGGGGACUGUUUGGGGUAUUGCAUGUGGGGUUGUGUGCAUGUAUGUGGAUUGUUAGUGGUGUUUCGUUUGUGCGGAUUGUGUGUAUGUCUGUGGGCUGUCCUUAUUAUUUGUAUGAGGGGAGGGUUAUUCUGCAUUUCUGUGUAUAUCUAGCAGUGUGGGUGGCUUCCAGUGGGGACUAGGCCGGCCAGGUACAUGUCAAGGACAGGAGCUGCAACAGCAACUGCGAGCUGCUCUACUACAGUGUUGAUUCCUAUUCACAAGUGCUGGGAGGAAUUGAUCUGAGAUCACUACCUCUACGUGCUGCAAUGCAUAAACUGAGGAUUGUCCUUCACCACCUUUUCGGAGUAGCAGAUAUCUGAAGUUUUACUGGGACUCCUGAUAGGCCAGAGCCUGUUUGGCUCUAGCAGCCUUGAGCGCCGUGCAAAGACACCUCGUGUGCCGUGCAUGGCACUAGUGCCGUAGGUUGCCUACCCCUGCCCUAGGCUGUAAUGCAAACCCCGCUUCUCAUACUUCUCUGCAAAUACAGUGUUUACUGUAAAAAGUCUGAAGGGACUGACUAUACUCACUGGUACAAAUACUUUAAGGGUCCCUUUAAAUUGGGGAACAAAAUGAAGCCAUACAAAUGCCUUGUAUGUUUUUUUACGAAUUCAGUAGUCAACGCAAUCUUUUAUUUAAAAAAUAUUUACCUAUUAAAAAAUCAUCUUAAAGGGGCAGAGACUAUUUUACAGUUUCCCCAGUUUAGGAGCCUGCACCCUGGCCUCUGAACUACCACUCAGCUAAUGAGGAUGUAAUUGUUCAUAUUUUGGAUGGCAGUGAUGGUCUGAGGGUGCUGGAGAUGGCUUAGUGCAGCUUUUACAUCUUGUAAUGACCAUGUUCACUUCAGUGCUUCAACUGAGGGGAUUUGCUUGAUGUUCCAGGAGAGCCCCAUCUUUUUUUUUUUCCUCUCAAACUAAUCAAAUGAUUUGACAGCGUAUCCAAAACAAUAUUAAAUGAAGGCCUAUGUUUUAACAAAAUGUCUUGAAGUGUCCUGGGAAUAUCAAAACUGUAUAUAUUUAAUUUCUUUAUCAAAUUAGAAAUUUCCUUUUCCUUGACUGCUCCUUUCACAUAUUUCAAACUAGAAAAACUCUUAUGGUUAAAUGUAAAUAGUGAUUCAGCAGCACAGUAUUCUUCAUAUAGCAGUGUGAUGUUUGAUGUGUCUGUGUACACUAACCACCAGUACUGGUGAAACUCCUCUCCCCAAACAAAAUCCACCCUUGCAGCUCUCCAGUUAUGCUAUUCUGGCUGAUCAUAAUAAAUAUAGGCCUGAAAGCUUGUAUGAUAAACAGCCAUCACUGCAGUAAGUGAUGGAAGAACUCUUUCACAACUCAUUAUUUAACUAAAUAAAUCAGUUUUGGUGAUACAAUAUCCACAUUGUAUUCACAUGUGCUACUGUGUGUGUAAAAAUAUGUAUGUUUGCAUUUGUUAUUUAAUUUAUCAAUGUACAAUGUCAAUACAUGACUUUUCCCAUCUAAUCUUAAUGAAUAGAACAUCUUGGAUGUGUGUAGUUUUUGCUUGAAUUCUUUGCAAUGCGUUUCUGUGUUACGUAUCUUGGCAUCCAUCAUAUUUUCUUAUUCUAUAGGGAGCAAUAACAUGGGAGAAACACUACCCACAGGACAACUCUCCAACAUUCCCUGGAGGAGGGCAGGAGUCAAAUAUACUAACAAUGAGGCAUAUUUUGAUGUCAUUGAGGAAGUGGAUGCCAUUAUUGACAAAUCAGGUGGGUGAACUGUAUAAUGUAACAUAUGUUGUUCUUGUAGAUAAGAGAGGAGAGACCAUGGCUCCAGGCGGUACUCAAGUCUGCUGUGAGGGGCCUGGGCCUCCUGUGCAUAUAUCUUUAGCAAUUACCUCUAUAGAUAUGCCAUUCCUGGCCCCUUACAGUUUUAGCUAAUGAAGAGAGGUCCAGAAGUCUAAUCUCACCCUCCAGCAGUAGCAGGUACUGUCCUGACGCGAGCCGCGAGUUACCAUGGCAACACUCCUUGGGACAUGUUCUUUUUGGCACCUUGUGUUUUGCACUAGUACAAUGUAGUAUUGUUAUUUACGUCCAGAUGGCUGUUGCAGGAAAGGCUAUGACUUCAACUUACUCCACAAAUGCAAAAUGCCAUCAAAAAUAUAAGGCGGUGCACUGCAGGGAGCACAGAGGGGGUGAAAGUGUGGGUAUAUGGCCAAGGAUAGCAUGGAUAAUCUGCAGAUCCUCCUGACACAUCAAAAGGCAACCAAUUUUUCUGUCAAUUUGUGCAUUGGUUAUGACCAUUUAAAACAGAACAGAAACAUUGGAACUAUCGAUAAAUGAGUGAUGUAUAAACAGUAUUCAUGAUUAAUUUAGCACAUUCUUUUGCUAAUUUCUUGCUGCACUUUCUGCAGGUUCCACAGUGUUUGCAGAAAUCCAAGGAGUGGUGGAGUCUUGUGUCAAGCUAACUGGGAUGCCCGACCUUACUCUCUCUUUCAUGGUAACCAUAUAGGAAACCUUGUCAGACAUGCAGAGGACAAAGGUCCUAAAUGUGGGAGUGGUGCUUGCAUGGAUAAGGAGUGAAGCGAUAGCAGUGAUUUUCUUGUCAGAUUUGAAUUGUCUGCUCAGUCACCCUAGCCUGGAACAGCACCAACCCUUUCAAAUAGCGUAUCAGCUUGUUAAAGAAGCUGUAGUCAAAGAAUUUUCACACCUUCCUACCCAGUAAAUGGUUAAUUACUCCAAUUAUUUACACACAAACUUCCUUUGAUUCUAAACAUUGUUCAUUUGUGUCUAAAAAGAAAAAUUAAUGCAAAUUACCUUGCAAAAACUUUACACGUUGAUGUAUCCACUUUUAUAGUGGUGCCAGUGGGGUGUAUGUAUGUAUGUAUUUGUAUGUGUGUGUGUGUGUAUAUGUAUGUAUGUAUUUUUUUUUUGCUACUAUAUAGAUAGAUAUAUAUAUAUUUUCAUUAUUACCUGUAUUGCUUGGUGCAAUUUUUCACUUCAUUCUUCAUUCACUUCAUUCUUUGGCUGAAGCCAUUAGCCGACGCUUUCCUCCUAUGAAUGAAGUCAAAAAUUGCACAAAAUGUAAAAUUGAUACCGCUAAAGCAGAUUAUCAACAUCUGCUUUAACCAUAUCAAUCAGACUGGAAGGACUGUGAAUGUCAUGGGGCAUGGGAUAAUUAUAGAAACUUAGGAUAAUGUACAUAAUACCUCCUCUUUUUUUUUUUUUUUAUUCUUUUUUUUUUUGAUGCAUGAAUGAACAUAUCAGCUUAUUCUGCCACAAUAGCAGUGAUAAGCUCAGCAAUACAACGCUUCACAAUUAUGGCAGUUGAGAAAAGCACAUUUUUUAAAUAUAUAGGUAAUGAGUGGUAGCAGGUAGCGGAAAGCAGGAUAUAUGUCAAGUAUUACGGUUCACAAGUGAGUAAGGCAAGCAAUAUACAUUCACCUGAACAUAAAUAUCACUGCGUGCGAGGUUCAUGUAACUGUUAAGCAAGCGGUGCACCUUUGUUAGGAGAGGGAAGCAAAGUGAGAAAAAACAUUUAGGUCUGCCCGACUGAUUAAACACGCUUAAUAGUAAAUUUACUUAGACUGUCUGGAUUUAUGUUGCUGCGCUUAGUUCUAGUAUGUUGAGUGUUCUAGCUUAAUUCUAUGUAUGUUGAGUGUGCAGAUACUGGUUGGGUUAGUCAUAGUAAGUGUAAGCAGGAUCAUGAGUGUGUCAAGAUGGAAGGAACUAUGCCUAGACUAUAUGCCUUAUGCAGAGAGUUGGUAGCCACAGAGCCUAAAGCAUACUGUCAGUCGGGUGACCCAUAUGUGUUGGAAAAGUCCACUGGAGCUUUGCAGUUUAUGUCGCCCUUUCUAUCUGGUCUUGUGGCCUGGGACCUCUGGGGUGUAUUGAUUAGCAGAUCUGCUGCGUUUGCUGGCGAUGGUCUGCUCCUCCAUCCCCCUGACGCUUGGUCGAGCUCCUGAGGUUUCAGCUUUGGGCUCCCCAUCCGGGAAGGCAGUCGUGGAACCAGAUAAAUAAAAGUAACAAUAAAAAAAAGGGCUGCGCCACAUAAAGUCCAAAAGAAAAGGUAAAUAAAAACCAAUAUAAAAAGUCCAAAUAGUGUGUCCUUACGGAUAGUCUUUAUGGAAGGCUGGUAAGAUGGUUGGUUCUUCAAAUACAAUAGUGGGUCCUCUUAUAUGAAAGAGAAAAAAGACGGACAACCAAUGGUGCAGUAUAUCAGACUCAAAUUAAAGCGAAAUAAGAGAUAAUGAUGGAAAACUCACAUUUACAAGAGCUUUUGUCCAGCUCUGAGAUAAAGCACACACAGCGGUAUAAUCCCCGUUUAUGGGAUAUAUGGUGGGAUAUCUCUCCGUCAGGGGUGACCAAUUCUCGGAAGGAAGAAGAGACAACCAAUAGUGCUCACUGUAUAGCGGUGAUGGUAUAAAUUAAAUAAAAACGUACUUACAAAUAGAGAGCAGACGGACUGCUCUAUGAUGUCAGCGUAAGUGGAUUGAUCCCCACUUAAGGAUUUCUUGGGGUACUGGAGUCUUCCAAUUUGUUGGUGCAACCAAUAAAUGGUUUAAAAAUAGUAAAAUAAUGUAAUAAAAUGAUAAUAGUUAAAAAGCCAGGGUAAAAAUAAAAUAAAUGUGUAUAAAAGAGAUAAUUGGCACAAAUAAAUAACCAAAUUAACUUUAAUAUUAAUACACAAUAUAAAUAUCCAUAACGCGUUUCGUCACAAAAGAUUAUCAAAUGGAAUCCAUCUGAUAAAGUCUUUUGUGACGAAACGCGUUAUGGAUAUUUAUAUUGUGUAUUAAUAUUAAAGUUAAUUUGGAUUCCAUUUGAUAAAGUCUUUUGUGACGAAACGCGUUAUGGAUAUUUAUAUAGUGUAUUAAUAUUAAAGUUAAUUUGGUUAUUUAUUUGUGCCAAUUAUCUCUUUUAUACACAUUUCUUUUAUUUUAUUUUUACCCUGGCUUUUUAACUAUUAUCAUUUUAUUACAUUAUUUUACACACACAGCUCCUCUUCUUUUCAUUAUUGGCAUUGACAAAGACUCUUAUUCAGUAGGAAAAAGCUGUAUAUUAGUGUUUUGCUGUUAGUAAUCCUAACAUCUCCUCCUCCACAGAACCCCCGGCUCCUGGAUGAUGUUAGCUUCCACCCCUGUGUCCGAUACAAGCGCUGGGAAUCAGAGCGGGUUCUGUCUUUCAUUCCCCCUGAUGGCAACUUCCGGCUGAUGUCCUAUCGUGUCAGCUCACAGAAGUGAGUUUAGCAGUAACACCAAGCUAUAAAUUAACCCAUUCAUAAGCGAAAUGUGUACCAUAAACACUUUACAUACAAUUAAUCAUAGAUAUAAUGACAACCUAGUACUCUUUCAAUCUAUGUAUUGCGCUAGCAAAACUGGCUGAGUGUAGAACUUUCCGGUUGUUGAUUUAAGAAAAAAAGUAUUUUCCUCCUGCUUUUAACUGUCUAAUACUCUUAGAAUACUCUGAGAAUGCUCGGCCAUGGGAAUUAGCACAAGAACAUCUGUACAUCUUCACGUGUAGUCACAACCUGUAGGAUUCUGUUUUAUCCCAGUAAUAGAGGCUAAAUAAAACUUCUCACAUUCUUACUACCAGUAUUCAUUUUGAUGUGCUUGACAGAUCAUUACAUACAAAGACAUAAUAUGUUGUUUUUUAGGAUCCUUUAGUAAACUGGCCGGAGCGUUACUAAGUUAGAAAAAUCCCUCGGUCUUGUAAUACGUGAAACUUUGCAGUGUAAUGGUUUCUUUAUUCCCUGCAGUUUGGUGGCAAUUCCAGUAUACGUGAAGCACAACAUUAGCUUCCAAGAUAAUAGCUCGAGUGGCAGAUUCGAUGUGACUGUAGGCCCUAAGCAGAAUAUGGGAAAGACCGUAGAGGCCAUUGUCCUCACUGUGCACAUGCCGAAAGUAGUGCUCAACAUGAACCUCGUGCCAACGCAAGGGACGUAUACAUUUGAUCCAGUUACUAAGGUAUUUCGUGUUGCUUAAUAUUUUCUUUGCUGUUAUGUACCUAAAACACAGAUUUACCAUCGGUUUAGGUAAAUUGCUUGUUAAUAUAAUAAUAAUAGGCAAUGAUUUGAAUUUAAAAGAGUAACUCCUGCAUUCAGGUUAUUACGUGUCUCACCUAGGCUGAUACAUACAUAUUCAAACCUAUGUGAGAUUCAUUUUAUAUUGAUACACAUAACUGCACGAAUCACAAUUUGUAUGGUGGCCUUGAAACUCCUCUCAUGGCAAUGUGUUCUGAGCUGCGGUUGAUGGGAAUAUUUCCACUUUAUACGAACAGCAUUUUACAGGUGGCUGCACCACCCCCAGCAUGCCAAAAACGUGCUGAACUGACUUGUUCAAAAAGGUCUCUGCAGUGGGGGCAUUCUACUGCCACGGUCUGUCUAUGGCAGGACUCGUGGUGUGCUUGAUUUCUUACAGCUAUCAUUGGCUGAAAUAGCCACAGUAUCUAUCUACUAUGGGCCAUGCAGUGUAUGGUGUCUGUCAUAACCAGGAAUUAUAUGGUCACAAUGCUAAAAUGUAACUCACUACGCUCUUUAUUCUAAGCUGAGUAGUGUGGUUUGAAAGUAGGAUUCACUCUCUAUGAAAGCCCUUCUAGUCGUACCAAUGCCUAAUUCAUUUUAACUUUGUAAAAGUGGGAUAAGUAGCAUAUCUCCUGAUAAAAUAAAUGUAAUUUCCUUUAUAUCUAGCUUCUAACCCUUACUGCCUAUACCUUUUCUCAUUUGACAAGGUGCUGAACUGGGAUAUUGGCAAGAUCAUCCCACAAAAGCUCCCAAACCUAAAAGGAAUAGUCUCAUUGCAAUCCGGUGUUCCCAAACCAGAAGAAAAUCCCAGCCUCAACAUUAACUUCAAGAUUCAGCAGUUUGCAAUAUCAGGUAACUAACUGCUAUAUGCUAUAAGGGUUAAUGUCCUGUCCGUUUACCGUCAUAUAAUAUGUACCAGCCAGUGUUGUAAACUUUAACAAUUCCUUUCUUGACAUAUACAAGCAAAAUUAUGUGUGUAGUGUCUGCGCUGUUUAAUUUUGGCUGUGAAUUAUGCACUUGCCUUUGUAAAUACUGCAAGUUUGGGUUGUUGUCUAGGUAUCCUGUUUUGUGUGUGUGUACGACUCUGAAAAUGUUGCCUUUCACUGAGCAGACCUCUAAUAAUCUACUGUGGCACACAUUAGCAAGCAAGCAUGUUGCAUUUACUCAGUCAGAAAUAGGAUGAGAAUUGGACAUUUAGCAAUAUGAAUGUGAAGGGCAUAGGCCAUGUGGUAUUGCUACCAUAUUAGUAUUGUAUUCUUACCAAAUUCUGCUGAGAACUCUGUUGAAGUCAGAGAGCUGACUUGGGAUAUCUUUGUAUGACACAAGAGAACAGUGGAUUUUUUUUUAUUUUUUUUUUUGAGGCAAGCUGUGGCUCUCAUUAUAGGACCAGGGGGUUUAUACUGAUUCUCUGUUACAAAAGCUGAGUAACCGCAAAACCAAUUCACGUCAAUGCUAUUUUGGAAAACUGUUUAACAUUUGAAGGGGAGAAGACCCCAACGAGUUCCAAGCACCAUAUCUGGUUCAUUGACAUAAAGUGGUUUUGGCGCCAGGAGUAGUCCUUUUAAAGCUGAGAAAAGGAGUACAUAUUGUAGAAGUAGCCAUAAUUGAACAUUUUUGCAUUGCCUCAAAUGUAGAAUGUGUUGUUUUUUUUUUGUAUGAUUGGUUGCAUGGACCUUGCCAAGUGCAACAGUGUGAACAUAAAGUGAUAUGGAAUCCAUUCCAAUAUUUAUCUAGCAAAGCACAAGGUGCAGGUACUAGAAGAAUAAUCUAGUAGCUUGAGAACCACCUGUUGGAGGGUUCUCCUGCCAUUUACAUCUCGGUAAAGAGUCAUGUUGGUCCAUUACCCUGUAAACCAGGAGGGUGAAAGAAAGGACCAUUGUGUUACUUAUUUUGACUAUACAUUUGCUAACCCAGUGGGUGAACGUUUGACAUUUCAUGUAAAAUAGUUUGUGUACCAUGACAAUCACACUUUAAAGGGAUACUAUACGUAUCAUAACUAUGUUCGAAUAAUAAAGUAGUUUUUGUGUAUAGAUCAUGCCUAUGCUCUCUCACUUUAAUCACACACAGGAGCCCUGUGCGGGGUCUAACAGGGUAUUAACAGAGCAGAAGAUAAGAAUUCUAAAUUAAACAGACUGUACAAUAGAGAAAGAUUAAAGGAGCACUAUAGGGUCAGGAAAACAAACAUGUAUUCCUGACCCUAUAGGGUUAAAACCACCCUCAUGCCUCCCUAAAUAUAGAAAUCUUACUUUCUCCCCCCCCCAAGUCUGGAGCCGCUUCAUUGUCCCGGUUUCCUUUAGACCUGCCUGCUGACAUCAUCAGAAGUGGUGGCCUGAUCCAAUCACAAUGCUUUCCCAUAGGAUUGGCUGAGACUGACAAGGAGGCAGAUCAGGGGCAGAGCCAGCAUGAUUCAAACACAGCCCUGGCCAAUCAGCAUUUCCUCAUAGAGAUGAAUUGAAUCAAUGAAUCUCUAUGAGGAAAGUUCAGGGUCUGCAUGCAGAGGAUGCAGAGGGAGGAGAUACUGAAUGUUUGGAUGCAUUUUAGGCAGCCAUGACCCAGGAAGGAUCUCUAACAGCCAUCUGAGGAGUGGCCAGUGCAGUUAUCACUAGGCUGUAAUGUAAACACUGCAUUUUCUCAGUUUACAGCAAAAAGCUUGAAGGUAAUGAUUCUACUCACCAGAACAAAGUCAAUAAGUUGUAGUUGUUCUGGUGACUAUAGUGUCCCUUUAACCCCUUCCCGACCACGGGCGUAUCAGGUACAUCCGACAAAAAACUGUCCUUAAGGAGCGUGGACAUAUCUGAUACGUCCGCGGCUAAUUAGAGCGCUGGUAGCGCAGGUAGGCUUCCGAUGCUCUGCCUGUGCUGAGUGCCUCAACCUCUCGUAAAAUUAUUUUUUUUAAUUAACCCCUUCCUUCCCCUCCCUCCCUCUCCCAUGUACUACUUCUCCUGCAGCCCAGACAGUCUCCCCCCCCUCCCUACAAAUUAGGACCCCUAGGGGCCAUGUGAGAGCGGUCACAUGGCUGCAAUAGGUGUCAUAGUACUGCUAGCAGGGGGACUGCCUGAACUGACACAGUCCCUCGGCUAGUGAAAAAAAGUUAAAAAUAAGAUAAAGUUAAUAAAUGGAAAAAAAUAUAUAUAUUAUGUAUACAUCUUAUAACAUCAUACUAAGUAUUUUUUUAUUAAUACACAUUAAUUUAAAGAUACUUAGAGUAAAAUUACACAUGUGUAUAUAUAUUUUAAAAAAACUAUUUAAAAUUAUAUAAUUUUAUUCUAACUGUAUUUUGAUACUUAUAUCAAAAUACUUAGAAUCUAUGUAUAUAUGUAUAAAUAAAAAUACGAAAUAUACAUAUGUCCAUCUACAUAAUUACAUAAAUAAUUUAAUAAAUAUACAUAGACUUCAAAUAUCUAAAUAAGUAUAUUUCAAUUCUAUGUGCAUAUUUAAGUAAUAUUUUUACAUAAUUAAGUAAUUUUAUUGAUUACAAUUUGAGGGACCUGCCUUACAACCCAGGCCGAAAGUCCAGAGAAUUUAAGUUGCUAGCACUGUAUUUUACCCUGUAACUUUCUAAGACACUAUAAAACCUGUACACGGGGGUUACCGUUUUACUCGGUAGACUUCGCAGAACACAGAUAUUAGUGUUUCAAAACACAAACAUAUCACAGCUGAUAUUGUCACUGAAAGUAGUUUUUGCAUUUUUCACACACAAACGGCACUUUCACUGAUAUUGUUGUAAUAAGUUUUACUUUUUGAAAUACUAAUAUUUGUGAUUAGCGAAGACUCCCGACUAUAACAGUACCCCCCCCAUCUACAGGUUUUAUAGUGUUUUUGAAAGUUACAGGGUCAAAUAUAAGGCCGUUUUUUCAUAUUGAUAUUUGCCAGAUUGGUUAUGUUGCCUUUGAGAGCAUAUGGUAGCCCAGGAAUGAGAAUUACCCCCCUGAUGGCAUACCAUUUCCAAAAGUAGACAACCCAAUGUAUUGCAAAUGGGGUAUGUCCAGUCUUUUUUAGUAGCCACUUAGUCACAAACACUGACCAAUGUUAGUGUUCAUAAUAGUUUUUUUUGCAUUUUUUAACACACAAACAAAUAUAAAUUCCAAGUUUGGCCAGUGUUUGUGACUAAGUGGCUACUAAAAAAAGACUGGACAUACCCCAUAUUGAAUACCUUGGGAUUUUCAAAAAUAUAUGGUUUAAUGGGGGUAAAUUACAUUGGCCGGCUUCAAAAAUGUCCCAAAUAGCCUUAGUGGUUGUGCUGCCUAAACAUAUUGUCCCUGUAGUUUCUGCAGUGCAAAGAGUUUUCUGAGAAGAGGCAGGGUUUGCAUUGCUUCCCAUGACCACUGCUAGUGGCUGUCACUCACACAGUAAUAAGAGGUACUUCCUGGUUGUAGUCCUUCAAUGUUCAGCAUCUCCACAGAGAUGCACAAAGUUAGUGCUGCUCUAUGAGGACAUGCACGGGGAUACAGGUAAGAGGAAAGCUUUAUUUUAUAACUUCUGGAGCCCUUAAUCUAAAUAGUGGAGGAAGCACUAACAUAAGGAUACGUUAGUAUUUUUAAUGCUAGAAUGUUCCUUUUAACAUGGAAAGUGAGUGCUUCCUUAACUGUGCCAUGUCACUGGCUCCCCAGAAUUUUGGGAACAGCACUCUGAGAACCCAUGCCAAAGAAUAAAGUAGGAAGCUCUCAUUCUUCAGGUUAAUAUAGCAUUUACAAGUAUACUUACUAAAAUGAGUUGUUGGGAUUUGCACAUUUUAGACUAAAACAGGCUAUUUUAAAAUAUUUUUGUUUUCUGCGCCUCUAUUUUGGCAUUAAGUUUACAAUUCCCUGCCCUUUCCAAUUUAGUGAGCUCAUCUAGUAAAGGAUGAUUUAGACUAGUGUUUUGUCUACUCGGGUGAAAGCUGGAAUGUGAUAAUGAAAAUGUAUAGUACAAUUCCAAUCGUGACAUGCUCAUUACUAAAUACUACUCCCUCUGCAGGACUGAAGGUGAAUCGCUUGGAUAUGUAUGGGGAGAGAUACAAACCUUUCAAGGGAGUUAAGUACCUCACCAAGGCAGGCAAGUUCCAGGUGCGCACAUAACAUAAAGCCCACCGUAUUCCUGCGCGGAGAAGAGGACAACAUUCAGAUCCUGUGUUACCUGUGGCACCAUACUUCAUAUCUGAGCAGAAAUAUUAUCUGAUUUAAACCAGAAAAUGCCAAAAAAGAGAACUAUGCUAUUUCAGGGAGCCCAUAGACAUUAUGCAGUGCUGAAAUCUUGUGUUACAGCCAAAUAAAUGGUACCAAAUAUUCUGUAGCAGAGAAAACAGGCUUCUCCUUAUAGUAAUGUUCAGCAGUAAUAGCAGUCUGUCUGCCGAGGGCAGCAAAUUUACAUUGAAGUGCCUGUAGCUAGAAAACUGCCCGAAGCUACAGCUGCUCUACUUGUCUUACAAGUUCUUCAGAGCGCUGCUGUGUACACGAAAACACACCUUUCUUAUUUCCAAAUGUCAGAUUGCAAGUAGAAACUUGCGUAGUGUACUUCAUGGUUUCAGAUCUGUCAAACCUGAGGUUGGUGUAGAUUAAAUCAUUUGAAGCACUUUAUUCCUGUUGUGCAUUACCUGAUUUUGUUUAACCCGGUGAAGGACCAAAGUUUUAGAGAGAGAACCUCAGCAUGGCUUCCUAGAACUACUAUUACUCUAAAUAGGGGGCUCAAAGCCAAAACUGUGUUCACUGCACAGAACGUUGAACUUUAAAUGGUUAAAAAGCUAAUUACUGAAAACAAAUAGUGUACAGGCUCAACCAGCAGUCGUGCCAAAUCACUAAUUUGUGCAUUAUAUUAACCGUACUGUUAAUGUACAAAUAACUAAAUCUACUAGCCGAGUGACUAUCACAUGUAAUGUUUGCAGAUACAUAAUAAAAAUCUAAGUACUUGCCCACAGUCCUGUCUGAUUGGCCUCAGAAAGCAUUCAGAAUAAAUGUUUGUAUUGUCAAAUACAUCAAACAUGUCAGCAAAACUGCCACUGCUCCGGUAGUGACAAUUCUUCCACCACACACUGCCUGCGUGUUUACAGCACUAGCAAAGGCACCCAUGAGCAUGCAUAGAGUGUGCUUGGGGUAUCAUCAUAGGAAGAUGACAUCACCAUGAGCCAUUCAAGUGCUGCAGAGGAUUUCUUUUUGCAUAGUAUUGAAUACAUGCAGGCAGGGAAUGUAUGGCACUAUGGGUACAGGGCAGCCAAACAAUGUCAAUUAAAAAUUGAACAACCUAUAGAUACCCUUUUUAGUUAUCUUUCUGGUGAUUGAAACUUUUAACUAAAUACUGCAACAGUUGGAGAUUUGGAGAACAAAAAUCAAACUCUGCUAUAGUCACAGCACUACACCCCUCAAAUGUGACUGUUCCGCUUUGAAGGUUUUAAGUAAAGAGCAAUUCUGAGGCCAAGUUCUGGAAGUGGAGCAAUCAGCAGGGCAUUUGUUUUGGUGAUUGAUCAUUCCAUUAGAAAACUGUCCUAUAAUAUGUUUAUACAAAACAGCAGUUACGUAGAAAGAAAAAAAACCUCACUCUAAACCACUACCAUCCCAAGGCUGGAGAAACAUGCUUUCAGAUACAGCUUCCAUCAUGCACAGACUCAUUCCUCAACUCCACUACAGUCUUUAUAUAAAUGUUUAUCUGUGUCAAUUAUCUGGUGCCAUUAUGCAUUUGAAUGAAGUGAUCAAUGUAAUCAUGUUUCUGUGUAAGGAUAAAUAGAAUAGGCCAAAGUGUACAAGUCAUUGAAACAUUGGAGGAUAUUUAUCAAAGUGUCCUGUUGAGGAGGAGCCACCAGUGGAAUGUGCUGGUUCCCAUGGUGAUUAUCCUUUUAGUAAUGUGGACCAAUUUGUAGAACAAAACAUUUUGAUAAACCUCUCCCAGAGUGACAAAGGCAAGAUAGCUCAACAUUAAUUUACUCAUUAAAUGUUGUUUAUAUAUUAAUAUAUAAAAGAAUAUUAAUUUGAGUAAUGGCUGGUGUUUUUUUUCACUUUUUCUACAUGAGUAAUACACACUGAUUGAAUUCUCCAUGUCUGAGUAUCUUUCAAACACUGAUGGUAUAAUAGAGAGAAAAUUGCACCGCCAUUAUCUUCAGGUGGCAUCUGAGUGAAUUUGGGAUACCCACACCCGCUAGAGAGGAAGUAGUCCAAUAGUUUAUCAAGCUACUUUUUCUUGGAAUUAAAC